UUUCUCAUGUAUUGUACAAGAUGGAAAUCGAAAAAUACGAUUGUGAUAUGGUUCAUGUUUUACAAAAUGGUGACUUUACUAUAUUGGAAAAGUUGUCAUCAUUUUGUAGUGAAUUUCGAAAAGACAUCAUUCAGAAAUUUGCAAAUGCAACGAGUAGUGAAAAUGAAUAUGCACAAACAAAGAAAUCGUAUAUGGUUAAGAUAUCAGAGUUAAAGAGUCAAUUAGAUACAUUAAAGUCAAAAAUGGAUGAUGUGAUGUUAAAGCAAAAGAUAGUAGAUAAAAAAAUUACAAAUACUAUCAACCAAGAAGAAACAUUAGAAAAAGAUAUAGCAGAAAUCAAGACAAAUAGAGACGCUUUAUCUUUGGAGUUAGUUGACUUGAAACAAGAGGUACAAGAAAGAAGAGAGAAAAAAUGCAACGAGUGGAAUGCACUUAAAAAAGCAACAAAUAUUUACAAAUCUAUUUUAAAUUUUGGUAUUGACAUAGAACACAAGGAAGAUUACGAUGAAGUAAAGGUAUCAUUUUUUAGAAAUUAUGAAUAUGCAAAGGAUAAAUAUUAUGUAAAUUUGAUUAAUGAGGACAAAUUAUGGAAAGUCAAGGAAAUACACCCUACGAUUAAAAAAGAACACUUGAUUGAUCUAAAAGGCACUGUUGACUUUGAUCAUGACCAAUCAUGGGUAUCAAACAUCACCGCAUUUCUCUGUCUUUUAAGGAUUGUCUUUUUAAAGUAUUAUAUGGACGGAAAUUGAAAUUAUACAAUAUAUACAAUAUAUUCAAUUGAAAUAUUAAAUGCUUUUAUUUAUAAUACUAUUGUUUUACUAGUAUAAUGACACUUUCUUACACUUAUUCAAUACUACCAGAGAGGUCGUAUCUUUUUCAACCUCUCUGGAGUCAAUAGCACACAGUUUUUGUCUUUUGUUUUUCCGGACAGGUCAUCCAUCCAUGUUACUAACCAUGUCCCACAUGGGUUGACUUUAAUGAUCGUGCCGGGAACUAGUAAUCCAACGUGGCUAAGCCGUUGACUGUAUAAUUUCAUAAUAAUAUGGAAGAUAUAUAUAAUAUAUACAUAUAUAUAUAUAUAAAUUAUUAGAAUAGUAAAGUCUUUAUUAAUAAAAAUUAAUUAAUUGAAAUACCUAAAACGAUUUGUUGUAGCACUCAAACCAUACACUUAUUAGUAUGUUCUUAUUAAAAUUUGAAUUUUAUCAUUGUUACAAUAGUGUUUCCUUAUUUGUCAAUAUUUAUUAUGUAGUACGAGUAUUGGUUAUACCUAGUUUUUCAUUUACUUAGAUAUAUAUUUAUGUUGGAAAUAAGAGACUGUAAAUCACAGUAAAGAUAAAUUACUUAAAGACUAAAUUAUUAACAGGUAUCUGCUUUGUCUUUUCUAUAUUUAUAUAUGGCACCUACAUUUUAAUCAAGUUUUACAUCCGUUAUUAUGGGUGCUAAACAGUUAACUAAUUUUAUUUAUAAAAAUAAACAAAACAUUCGUGCGCUGAUGAAAGAAAAACAAUUUAUUUAUACUAAUG